AUGGUCGUGAAAUUUGAAGAUCCGGACAACUUCUUGAAUCCCAUUAUUCCCGGUGGCUUCCCAGAUCCGUCAAUUUGCAGGGUUGGCGAUGUCUACUACAUCUGCAACUCUUCUUUCGAAUACUUCCCGGGUCUGCCGAUCCACGAGAGCACGGACUUGGUAAACUGGAGAUGGGUGGGCUAUGGCCUACACAGGAAAGAGCAGGUUAGUUCAGCAGUGAACCUCGUUGACGUGAAGUCUGAGGAUGGCAUUCAGGCCCCAUCUCUCCGAUACAAGGAUGGCACAUUCUACAUUAUCACCACUUGCGUGUAUCGUCCACCAGGAACUGACGAGGGAACCUGCACAAACUUCAUCAUCACGGCAUCGGACAUUCAUGGUCCCUGGUCAGAUCCCCAUGUCAUCGAAGGUGCCCCAGGUAUAGAUCCGGACAUCUUCUUCGAUGAUGAUGGUAAAGCCUGGUAUGUGGGGACUGCGGCACCCGACAAGCCAAACUAUCCAGGCGAAGGAGAACUCUACUGCCAUGAGCUAGACUUGGGGGCCUUCAAGUUGGUCGGAGAGCGACACCACUUGUGGCGGGGAGCCCUCCAUGGUGGUGUUUUCGUGGAGGGGCCGCACAUGUACAAGCACGAAGGCUCUUACUACCUAAUGGCGGCUGAAGGCGGCACCGGCGUGAAUCAUGCAGAAGUCAUUGCUAUCAGUGACAAGGUCACCGGCCCUUUCUACCCAAACGACCGGAACCCGAUCUUGACCUCGCGCCACCUCUCUUAUGAUAACUGGGUCCAUAGCACAGGACAUGGUGAUCUGUUCCAGCUACCAGACGGGCGAUGGUUCAUGGUGUGUUUGGGGGUACGAGCGGAGGAGGGUAAACAGGGCAUGAAGCGAUCAAACAUGGGCCGGGAGACACACCUGGUACCGGUUCGCUGGGAGCGAGAGCCAAUGGAGUGGCACUCUUUAGGACCUGUCGGGGAGAGGCUGUGGCCUGUCUGUGCACCGGAUACCGGCCGUGUCGAGCGUCAAUCGGCUCUUCCCUUAAAAUCGAUGCAGCUGCAUGCUUGCAACACCUUUCGUGACACGUUCGAAUCGCCAUCUCUGCACCCAGAGUGGAACUUUCGUCGUGUUCCGAGAGAAGGAAUGUACGUCCUUAGCCCUGGGUGUUUGCGGCUGAACGCCCAGCCACAGGUGAUUGAGGAGCGUGCGUCUUGUAGCUUAAUGGGAAUACGACAGCGGCAAAGUGAGUUUACGUUCCUCAGCAAGAUGACCUUCAAGCCAGUCACAGAUGGUGUGGAAGCUGGCACAAGUGUUUUUCAGAAGGAUGACAACUACGUCAACUUCGUCGUUCAGCUCGUGGGAGGGAAGCACAGGGUGUGCGUCACCCUAAAGGAGCGAGGAAAGGAAGAGCGUGCUCUUUAUGGCGAUGAUCUUGCCGCCUACCAGGGCGGCAUCACAUUCAGGAUCGAAUCCUGCAACCACGCAUACAGCUUCAGCUACUCCCUGGAUGAUGGGGCCAGCUUUACAUCGUGCGCAGAGAUGGCUGCAGAUCUUUUGCUGAGCUACGGGUACACUGGCAGCUACCUUGGGCUCUACAGCACCAGCAAAGGAAAGCCUUCCGAAGACUAUGCCGAGUAUGCUUUUGUUCAGCACUCCGCGUCGCUGCGUUUACCAGCACGUGGUGGGUAA